GACUGAAAGUGAAAUGGAAACAAUUAAAAAAAAACACCUUACUAUUCAAAAUUUACAAAACUAAAUAAGAGUAAAACAAAUUUACAUUUUGUCCCUGGAUUGAUAUAAGACAAAAACAUUGUGUGGGAAAGCUGGAGUUGAGGACGAAUGAGAUUCUGAGAAUAAAAAUCCCUGGUACAUAGUCAAAGUUUCAGAGUCAACUUCAGAUUUUCAAGGAUUAUAAAAUAGAUAACCUCAUACCACCGUCUCCAACAGAUAAAAGGAACCAGAUAAUAUCUGUGUUCCAGGGAGAAAGAACAGAAAAUUGGCUGAGUUCUGUCACUGACAAAACUUAGCGGGAAGGAGGAAUCUGGAAGGUGGGAGAGGGUGGAGGGAUCCCAGGCUUGCGAGGUGGGGAGGGGCUGUGUUUCAGCCUCCCCCUCUCGCUGCCCCUCCCCCAUCAGGGGCCCUUUGUGAUGUGAAGGCCCCAGCUCUGUGACGCAGGCCUGGGCCCCAGUCCCUAGUCUGCAAGGGAAUGCCCAGAGCUCAGUUGCUUGAAGGCAGCAUACCUAUUCAGAUGGCUAAUAUUCCGUUUCCUCUAAAAUUUCUUAGUGAUUUGUGGAUAAACACCCCCAGCUUUACACCAUGGGUAUUGGAUAUCUUCCUAACCCUGCUCUACUUUUCCAAAUCCAGUGGAGAGACUUCCGCAAUGGGAAGUGUCAGGAGAGACCAGAACAUGGUCCUUCCAGGGAGAGGCAGAGCAGCCACGGGUUGGUCAGGACUGGAAUUUCCAUCCCAAGCUCUAAGUCCAUCUGUGGGGGAGCACAGGAGGCGUCAGGGCAAAACCAAACCCCUGGACUCAGUGGGUCACCUUCUCUCCCAGGGUCAGCGGAGGGGGAGGCCCAAAGGCAGGAAGAAAAACUGCAGUCUGAAAGCUUAUAGAGACCUCCUGACAGGCCUGGAGCGGCUUCUGGACUUGCUUUCACAACUGCAGCGCAUCCCAGGGCCACAUCCUGAGAAAGGCAACUCUGGUCGGCUCUCUGGUCCAGAUCCCCCAGGUGAGAAGUGCAAAAGAGCUCCCGAUGGAGCCUCCCAGUCCCCUCAGGAGCCGAUGGAAGAUGCCCCUCCCAUGCUUUCCCCAUUAGCUUCCCCAGAUCCUCAAACCCAGCAUCCUUUGCCUCUGGUCUCCACCCCAUCACCAGGCCCAAUGGCCACCUCAGUCUCCCCUCUGAGUGCCUCCCAACCACCAGAGCCUUCCCUUCCCCUGGAACACCCCUCACCCGAGCUACUUGAGCUUUUCCCUAACCCACCACACACCCCUGAUCCUCUGGCCUGCUCUCCGCCUCCUCCGAAAGGCUUCAUUGCUCCUCCCCUGCGGGACUCCACUCUGAUGACUCCAUCUCACUGUGACUCAGUGGCGCUUCCACUGGGCACCAUCCAUCAAAGCUCAUCUCCGUGUGAGGAUUUGGCGACUUCUGGCCCAGCCAUCUCAGGCCUUGGUGGCUUAAGCAGUCAUGUCUCUGUGUCUGCAUUCUGGUGUCAGGAAACUACCAGAACCUGGUGCGUCUCCAACCCAUCGGUCCAGCAAGAUCAGCUUUCCGGCCACCCACCAGAAACCUCAUCCUCGGGAGACCCCACAAACAGUCAGAUGGAAGCUGGAAGCUCCUUUUUGCUCAGCUCCGAUGGCCAGAAUGUCGUGGGAAUACAAGUCACAGAAAGAGCCAGGAUCAUCAUUCGGGAGGAAAUAGAAAAAGAUGGAUCAUUUCCAAAACAAACGAACACGGAAAAGCACUUGAAUUCUUCGGGGAAUUUGGUGAAAUCAUUGAAUGCUGAGCAGGACACCACAACCCUAAAACCCGUCUGGGACAUGGAAGACUUGAAACAAUCGUCCAGUCCUCAGAAGCUCUCGGAUCCUGGAAUCCUGAAGGAACAUUUUCAGAAGAAUUAUAGGCAGCUUUUCUGGGGCCUCCCCUCUCGGCACAGCGAAUCCUUGGAGGCUAAUGCCUGGGUGUCUGAGAGAUCUUAUACUUUACAGUCUCCUCCUUUCUUGUUCAAUGGCAUUCCCAAUGUCCGCCCGGUUCAAACAGAGACUACAAUGUCUCCACUGCUUUACCAGGCCCAGCGCCUAUCCCAUCUGAGGCCUGAGUCCCAACCCUUUAUUUCGCCCACAUCCCAAUUCCAGCUCUCACACAUGGCUCAGGCGGAGGCUGAGGCCUGUCUUCAAUCCUCUUUCCCAGUCCAGUCUCCUGCUUUUGCAUCCCCGAUUAAUAAUUCUAGAGUAGCUUGCCUUGCGUCGCAGAAUAAGAGGCAAGCUCUCACCUUACCUGAAAUGCAGCGCCCUGAAUGGUCUUCUAAACAACUAGAAGGUGGGUUGGCUUUACCCUCUGGGGCCCAAAAACCUCAGGAUGUCUUUAGCGCCUCCACUCCUAACCUUCCCCAGGGCAGCUUGACAGCAAUCAUUCCUGAGAACCUUCCAGUCAGUCCUGAACUCCGGAGCAACCUGGGAAUGACCCAAAAGUCUCCGGAUCUGAUGCAGCCUCAGGAGAACUUGCCGGGGACAAGUCAGGCCAAGGGCAAACUCAGACUCUUGCAGUUCUCCAAGUCCACGGGCGAAAGCAGCAAGGACAUACAGAAGGUGACGUUCCCGCUAGAGAGUAAUCCGUGCACACCUCUGGGACAAAUUCGGGGGCAGACCCCGCAAAAUCUAGCCAGGUGCAUGGAAAGCUUCCCAGGGAAGGUUCUGGGGGCAGAACCUCAAGUCUCUGAGGAAUCAGAAAGAGACUUGAAGAUGCCCUUGAGGAGAGACUCAGAAAGUGAUUUAUUAAGACGCACAGAGACAAAUCGUAUAGAAAACAUCCUGAAAGCCCACGUGGACAUGAAGUUCGGCCAGAUCAAUGAGGGCUUUAUCCCCAUUCGUGUGCGUCGAUCCUGGCUUGCUGUCAACCAGGCUUUUUCUGUGUCCAGCACCCACAUGAAGACCAGCAAUCUAACACCCCCGAAAAGUGUAAGAGCCAGUGUGAACACAUCCCAGGAGCUUUCCUUCCUCGAUCCGUGCACUCAACAGGUGCUGGGACACCACAUUGUGAGGUUGUGGGCCCAACACAACUGGAGCCUACCCCUCAGGGUCCUCAAGCCCAUUAAGCUCUUUAAACUGGAAAAAGUUUCAUCCUUAUCCCUAACACAGCUUGCCGGUCCCUCCUCAGCCACCUAUGAAUCUAAGCCUAGCUCAAAAGUUGAGAAAGCCACGUUCCUAAGAGAGUCACCACCGGCAGGUCUGAGAAAGCAGGUGCUGACCAAAGCAUCUGUUCAGAUGCCAGACAGUCUUCUGGUGUCUUCACCCACAUUUACGAAGUUCCAGACGGCCCCACAAGGGAUCCUGUCUUGGAAUGCCCAUGGGCCCUUGAAGCCUCCUCCAGCUGGACAGGAGGACAGGUGGCCUUCUAAGCCCCUCACAUGCAGCCUCACAGGCAGUGCCCAGCAGAGCGGGAGCUUAGGAGCCCAGUCUUCAAGGGCUGGAAAGAUCAUGGAGGAAGCGCCACAACCCAGAGUCCCCUUGGGAACCUUGGCAAACCUCCAAGCCACACGUAAGGAUGUGAGUGGUUCAGAGGCUCCACGAACCAGUAAAGGCUCUCAACUCCCUAACUCAGAGACCCAGCCUCAAGUCUGCGGCGUCGUUGUGCUCCCUCCAGAUGGUUUUACUGACAUUCCCCUUGCUACAGAGAGUUUGGCUUCUCAAGUGCCCCACGGCCGUCUCCAGAGCAUGGCUACCGGGAACAUGCAGGCUUCCCGGGAGCUAAGUGACCUUAUGGCAGCCAGAAGGAGAAACCUGGGGUACAAGGAGCCCAAGAACCCGAAAUGUCAAGGCUCAUGCAAGAGCCAGAGCCGGAUGUUUACCCCUACUCACAACAGUGAGAACCCAGCGAAGCCCAACUUAGAAAAACGUGAAGUAAGGUUUAAAGAACUGAGGACUCCCCAGCUCACCCCAGUCAGGAAAACAGAAAAAACCCGUCAGGAUGAAGGCCUCCGGCUGCUGCCAUCAAAGAAACAGCCUCCUUCAAUAUGCGACUUCGGAGAAAACAUCAAACAAUUGUUUCAGCAGGUCUUUUCAGUGAGAAAAAGCAAGCCAGUUCCAGUCACUGCCAAGAGCCAGAAAAUAGUGAAGAACAGAUCACAUGUGUACAGCAGCUUUGCUGAAGCUGAGGGGCUCACGGCAGCAGCUGGACACAUGCUGGAGAAAAAAAUGACACUUUGCCGUGAGCAUCGUGCCUCUGACAUAAAUCAGCACAAACAGGAGUUCCAAGCCCCAGUCUGUGGGUUUCCCUGCAACCGCAGGCACCUCUUCCACCCGGAACACAGCAGAAUGCUGGGCUAUGCAGCCAGCAGUCAACAAGCCACUCUCAAGAGCCAGAGUUACCCCAACACAGAGAAGCAUAUCAGACAUCAACAGUCCUUGAAAAGUGUCCGGCGCAACAACGAGCAACGGGGCCAGGACAGCCCCAACUCUUGCUCCCCAAGAAGGCUGUCUUCCCCAGUCAGCGCCCCUCAGGGGCAGACUGAAGACAGAACAUUUAAUAUUCCAACAUAAAUAAAUAUCUCCUUUUCUUUCCCCCAUAAAAGGAUAAUGGCUUUUAUUUGUGUCGUGCUUGGUGUGGGCUUGUUUUCUAGAAGUGACAGGACAUGGAGGGAUUCUGAGAAUGGUGUUGUAAGCUGACCUUCAUCCUAAGUUCCUUCACUGAAACUUAGGUUUCCAUAAUACUGUCUUUAAACAAACAACAAAAAAAAUUCUAAAAACAAGAUGAGAAAACCUAUGAAGAUCCCACUCAGAGAUGUGGUUCAAACCCAUCUUUCUACUACUUACUCUACCUCAAACUUUAUGCACCUGUAGGAAGAAGGUUUGCAGAGAUGUCAUAGGACUGAAUAUCUCCAUGCAGGCUCCAGGAACUGCCACAGUCAAGUAGCUUCAUGUGUCACAAAAUAGUGGAAGCUCGGGUGGGAGAGUGUGGACCCUGAGUUCAGAAGCCAGGGAAAUCUUGACCCUGGAUAUCCUGGGGGAGAGUAUAUUAAUGCCUGCCCUUGGGAAGCCCCUUCUCUCCCUCAAAAAGGCUGGGAUGGAGAUGGGCCCUCUUAGCUCAGCCUACAUACAAAGCUCAGAGUCCCCAUCCCACUGCCUCUCCCUUUCUUGCACUCUGGAGUGGGGGUGGGGACAGACCUUCCAGCACUGUGGAUGUAAAAUGGGGGGUGGGGGGAGGCCUUUAUGGAGGCUGCUGAGGACCCUGAGCUCCCCUGCCUGAAAUGAGUGAAUGACCCUAUUCCUGGGUCACCUGCCUUUGUCUGUCUCACCUAUGAGUGUCUCAGCUUCAGAGAAGUAGCUCUGGGUGAAUGGGCAGGGCAUGCCUGUGUGCGCAGAGGCUUCCGAUGGUGGGACUCUGUAGAACUACAGAGGGAUGCAGACAGAGAAUUGAAAAGGAGGCAAAGUGGUGUGAGG